AUGUUCAUGCUGCUUGUCUUUGGAGCAUUGCUUCAUGAAGUUCCCCUAAGUGGCCAAGACGAGGCUCCUCCCCAGGCUGAUGGCAUUCUGGGUGCCCCUCUGUUCAACUAUGCCAGCCUCCGCCUGCCAGAAGAGCAUAUUCCCUUCUUUUUGCACAAUAAUAGGCAUAUUGCCAUGGUCUGUAAGAAAGACUCGCAUUGUCCUUAUAAGAAACACUUAGAAAAUUUAAAGUACUGCUGGGGUUAUGAGAAAUCCUGCAGACCAGAGUUCAGGUUUAGUUACCCUGUUUGCACCUACGUGGAUAUGGGAUGGACGGACACUCUUGAAUCAGCCCAGGAAAUAUUCUGGAAGCAAGCUGACUUUGGGUAUUCUGGAGAGCGGCUGGAGGAACUCCACGUGCUCUGCCAGCCGAAGGGAAUGAAUGACUCAAGUCUAGUGUGUUCCCGUUACCUUCAGUACUGCAGAGCGACCGAUCUCUACCUUGAUUUAAGAAACAUCAAGAGAAACCACGAGAGAUUUAAGGAAGAUUUUUUCCAGAGCGGGGAAAUUGGAGGACACUGUAAACUUGACAUUCGUACGUUGAUGUCUCAAGGCCAGCGCAAAAGCCCUUUGCAGUCUUGGUUUGCUGAGCUACAAAGCUAUACUCAGCUCAACUUCAGACCAGUAGAAGAUGCUAAGUGUGACAUUGUUAUUGAGAAACCAACCUACUUCAUGAAAUUAGAUGCAGGUGUUAACAUGUAUCACCACUUCUGUGAUUUCAUCAAUCUUUAUAUUACUCAGCACAUUAAUAAUUCCUUCAGCACAGAUGUGCACGUUGUGAUGUGGGACACAAGCUCCUACGGAUAUGGUGACCUGUUCUCCGAUACAUGGAAAGCAUUUACUGAUUAUGAUGUUAUACAUUUGAAAACUUAUGAUUCCAAAAGGGUAUGUUUUAAAGAAGCUAUUUUUUCCUUACUCCCCCGGAUGAGAUACGGGCUGUUCUAUAAUACCCCGCUGAUAUCUGGCUGUCAAAAUACCGGAUUAUUCCAGGCAUUUUCUCAGCAUGUACUACACAGACUGAACAUCACACAAGAGGGUCCCAAGGACGGAAAAAUUCGAGUCACCAUUCUCGCACGGAGCACAGAGUACCGGAAAAUACUCAACCAAAAUGAGCUUGUAAAUGCACUGAAAACGGUAUCUACAUUUGAGGUCCAGAUUGUCGAUUAUAAGUAUAAGGAACUUGGGUUUUUAGAUCAGCUAAGGAUCACGCAUAACACGGACAUAUUUAUUGGAAUGCAUGGAGCUGGUCUUACCCAUUUACUUUUCCUUCCAGACUGGGCUGCUGUGUUUGAACUAUACAACUGUGGAGAUGAACGCUGUUACUUGGACCUGGCCAGGCUGAGAGGCGUCCACUACAUCACUUGGCGAAGGCAGAGCAAAGUCUUUCCUCAAGAUAAGGGCCACCACCCAACUCUGGGGGAACAUCCGAAGUUUACCAACUACUCUUUUGAUGUAGAAGAAUUUAUGUACCUUGUCCUUCAGGCUGCAGACCAUGUAUUGCAACACCCGAAGUGGCCAUUUAAGAAAAGACAUGAUGAGCUAUAAAUGUGUUGAGUCUUUUUGCCAAAAGGGAGUGUUUAAACAGUCCUCCGCCCAGACUCACCUCACAGUUAAAUAGGUAAAACAGCCUGUUUUCUCCUAGCCCCAAAGUACCUUUUUUUAAUACCAAAACAUGCCUUCAGGGUAUCACUUAUGUGUUUUAUAGUCUUUAACUGUUUCAUGUGAUUGUUGUGUCAUUGCUAUUUAUCAAGAUACUCUUUUUGCACUGAAAACUUUACUUUUUAUAGUUCAGAAAUUGGGCCUGGGCUC